AGUUUUGAUCUCAUAAAACGUCUGAAUCGGAUUUUCCCUUUUCUUUCUCCCUAUUUUUCCUCUUUUUGUUUCAUUCCUUUUUUUUCUACUCUUACUUCAUUCUAGGGUUCGUUUCUUCUUCACACCACUUCACACCUAACCUAACCAUGGCGAAUUUCAGUUCUUUCUCUUCUUCAUCUUCCACUCCUCCUCCCCCUCCGUCUUUCUCGUACAUUUCAGCUCCGUCUUCUUCUUCACUCUUCGAUGAUGAUUCUUCUGAGGAUUCAUGUAGUAUUUGCUUAGAGUCCUUCAGCGUUCAUGACCCAUCCACUGUUACCUGUUGCAGACAUGAAUAUCACCUGCAUUGCAUACUUGAAUGGUCACAGAGAAGCAAAGAAUGCCCAAUAUGUUGGCAAUCACUUUCUUUGAAAGACCCUGCCAGCCAAGAGCUUCUUGUUGCUGUGGAGGCUGAAAAAUGCUUAAGAUCAAGAAACAAUUAUUCAUCUUCACUCACUAAUUCUUCUGUUCCUUUUGAACGUUUUAAUGGUGACCAUGAUGCUUCUCGCUCAGAUGACAUUGAUUUUGAUGAGCAAAUUAUGCAGCACCUAUAUGCCGCUGCAAGUAGAGCUCGUUUUGUUCAGAGACAGAGAAGAGAAGGAUCGUCCGGAGCAGGUCCAUCAGAGGUAUCUGUGGUGCAACCGACUCUUACAACUUCACCGGCUGGUAGUAGUUCUCUGACCACUGGUCUACCAUCGACUGCCGACCUUCAUCCCGUGGUUGCAAGAAACAAUAGCCCUGAGACUGAUGUUUCUUACCGACCCAGAGUUCUUUACAGUCCGUCACCACCUCAGGAUGAGAGGAAAAUAAAUACUUCUGAGGUGUUCUCCUUGCCGGAGUCCAUCAAAUCCAAACUUUCUGCCGCUUCAGCCAGAUAUAAGGAAUCAAUUUCCAAAGGUACCCGUGGACUCAAAGAGAAGUUACUUGCUCGAAAUGUGACAGUGAAAGAGCUGAGUAAAGGUGUUCAGCGUGAGAUGAAUGCAGGCAUAGCUGGAGUUUCACGUAUGAUUGAACGCCUUGAACUUGCAUCAAAAAGGUCUAAUUCUCCUAUCGUUCCGGUCCGUAAUGAGGGAACUUCAGGCUUUCGAAAUGAAACUAGUGGAGGUGUGGUUCAUAAUGUUAGUUCAGUUGCUCCCUCACACAUUUCUAGCACUGCUGUUGUUGGUCGAAUGGAAAUUCCUCCAUGUGUUCAGAAUGGACAUGAUGCUGUGAAGAUUUAAGUUUGGGGGAAGUAAUUCAACUGUUGAAGGAAUGCAAGAGACGACUUUGAUAACCAAUGUACGUGUUGGUAUGCGUCCUGCAUUGUUAUCAAAUGGUUCAUCAUUUGUAGAAGGAAUUAAAACCUUGAUACGAUCAAUUUAUAGAGCUAAGUGGAUUAUUCAUCCAUGUUUAUUGUUUAUCCCCCUUUACAUGCCAAUACUUGACUCACUUGAUUUUAAAAUUGUUAUUUAGAGAUUGAAAUGUUAUUUA